CAACACUUCCGUGGUUUCUGCUCCGUGAUUGGCCAGAGCCGUCAUGAAUAUUCUCCGCACCCGGAAGUAGGGCGGUGCUGCUGUUUUGCUGUCGAGUCACCUCUGUUAGGGCAGUACAGGGGAAAACGAACCGUUAUCAUGCUGGUUAGCCCCAGAUCCCGACGCCCUGUCAUCACUAAGCAAGAAUAUUAGACCGAAUUCGCCGUCUGACUCAAACAUUUGUGCUGCUUUUGUGAACGUUUUGCCAAAAUGAUGGAAGAAAUCGACAGGUUCCAAGUACCUCCCGUCAACGGAGAGACGCAGCCUCUGGACCCAGCGGCGUCCUCCACUUCCGAGGCAGAGGCUGACACUAAAGGGGAGAGCGUGGCCAUGAACUACAAACCCUCACCUCUACAGGUCCAGAUAGAGAAACAGAGGGACCUCGCCAGAAAGGCCUCGGUGAAGAAUGGCACUGUUGGUAGUCCUGUCAAUCAACAACCCAAGAAGAAUGCCCGGACAAGGUUGGUGGUGCCAAACAAAGGCUACUCCUCGUUAGACCAGAGCCCAGAUGAGAAGCCCCUGGUCGCUCUGGACACAGACAGUGAUGAUGACUUCGACAUGUCCAGAUACUCUUCAUCAGGAUACUCCUCAGCCGAGGUGAGAUGUCUGAGAGACCAGCAAAUCAACCAGGACCUGAACAUCCAGCUCCUGAAAGACGGGUACCGCCUGGACGAGAUCCCGGACGACGAAGACUUGGAUCUGAUUCCCCCGAAAGCGGUCAACCCCACCUGCAUGUGUUGCCAGGCCGCGUCCUCUACAGCCUGCCAGAUCCAGUAGCACCAACCAUAACCGUCUCCUCCCGCCCCACCCCCCCCAACCCCCCAAAACAUAGUAAAGAACUACUUCCUUGCAGGGGCAAAAAAAAAAAAAAAAAGGGAAACGGGAGUGUUUACGAAUAAGGACCAUACUGAAUAUGUACAGUGCGUGUGCAUGUUCCUCCUAUGGCAGGAUCUGUGCGCCUUACUUUUGCAUCGUUGGUGUGGCAGGGAAUGGACCGACGACAGAAACAGUACCUCUGAGAAAAGAGGACGCUUCUCUUUUCAUUUGGGGCACAGAAGUUUGCGGAAGAAGAGACCAAAAAAAACACCGUCGGAUGGGAGGAAAUCCGCCAAGUUCCAUUCAAGCUCUUCUCCCGCUGGGGCAGAGACGUCGAUCGUAAAUGACGGACGAGAACGGUGGUGGCCGUUUUUAUUUUUAUUGGUUUCAGCCUGUCUGCUUUGUCUUCCCACGAAUGGCUGACUUGUGAGUGGCAGGUCGUGCACAGGAAAACCAACAAGCUGCUUCUAAAUGCACUCCCAUGGUACUGUAGUGAUCCAGUCUGUCACUCCCAGCGUAGUUCUAACUCCUGUUUUCCCCAGUCGCCCAAAUGAAGCUGAACGAAACUGCAUGUUGCCUGUUAACACUGUUCCCGAUGACCGAUGUGCAGAUAGAACUUCUCCGUCUUUGUCGUCUCACAGCCGUGGGCGGGUGUUACGAGGACACAGUGUGCUUUGUAAAAAUGGAAGUUUACCUUCACGUAAAAUCCAGAAAAGAAAAACAACUAAUAGCAGAAAUAAGCUCAUUAAUUAGUGUGUAGUUUGUGUGUUUAUUAUCCUCAACAACUGACAGUUUCAUUAUACUUCAAAUGCACAAGGAAACAGCUGGUGAGAUUCAAAGCAAAGCUCCACUUUGUACAGAUUUCGUUGUCAUAUCCACUGAUCAAGAGUGUGUGUGAAGUGAUGCCAAACUGCUCGAGAGGGAAUGCUAGUUUUAUUUAAUUCUAGUUUGUAAUUUGAGUUUGUCUUGGAUUAGAUUUGUGGGCUCCUGACCCAUCCUUGUCUUGUUGGGACCAAAAUAAUCCUACUUAUAGCUCCAAAUGAUGAGGAUAGAUGGAUAAAUGAAUAAAUAGUCUACACUCCAAUUAAAAUAGCGUUCAACACGUUUUGGUGACAUUUUUCUAAUGAUGGAGGAGAUAUGGUAAGAAAAUUAAGCUUAAGAUUGCGUUUCUGAGUAACUCUUUAUUCAAAUUGUGAAUCAGGAGCAGACAAAAAAGCCUGUUGAAAAAGAUCAUAUUUGUGACAGAAAAUAUCUUGAGUGUGCCACACGCCCUUGCAUCAACCACAAAUCAAAGGUGAAUUUCUAAUGAUCUACUGAAACUACUGUAUGUCCAAAAAAUGACACUAAUUUUUUUAAAUAUUGUCUUAAAAUGGCUUAGUCAUCAUUAAAGUUCCACUUGAAACACUCUGGCUCAAAAAGACGGUUGGAGUGGGACUUGAACUUUUUCUGAGAAAAAGUAGGAAAAUGUCAUGUAUUUAGAACUUUCAAAAUAAUAGUCUAAACAAUAAGUUGUUUUAAAUGUGACUUUUCUUCUAAUAAAUACAAAAAUCUGCUAAAAUUCUAAUUUAGAAAAUAUUCCCCUUGUAUUGUCGGGCUCAAAAUCCAUUAGGAUGUGGUCCUGCAUGUGCCGUGUCAAAAUAGAUAUUUUAAGUUAAGUGUCAAAUAGACAAAACAUCAUUGCAGCAUUUAAGAUUAAAGAGAAAUAGAAUAAUUCAUUAGGAAGUUGGUGCCAAGAGUGUGAAAUUAGGAUACAAGUUCCAAAGCUGGUUUACCAGCUUAGUUUUUUUUUUUUUUUGCCAAACUUUGGUUUGACAGUUUGAAAGACUGUUCCUUCACCUUUAUUUUUAAUGUUCAACUUUUUUUUUUGCUGAGUGCAAUAUUCAAUAGUGUAUGUGGAAGGAAGCAUCGCUCCCCUGUAGCUGUUAGCGUUCAAAGCAUUUUCUUGUAACUGAAGUUCUUUGUAUGCAGUUGUGUUUUUUUUUUAUUAUUAUUUCUUUCCACGUGCAACAAAGGACUCAGAUACAGAUGGGCGCCUCCGCGUGUCUGAUGCUUGUCAUGACGAUUGUGAACUGGUUCCAUUUAGAUCCUAACGGUGUCACGCUUCUGUGUAUAGUGCAACAUAAUUGAGAAUAAAUAUUGGAAGUGUCAUGUUUGAUAUCA